AUGUCGCAACGGCUUGGACCGCUCCGGCUGCUGCAAGCCGCGCGGCCGGCGAGCUUCCAGCAAAUCAACCAGUCGUCCCGGAUGAUGUUCACGACAACCCAAUACUCGAGCCCCUCGCAGCUCCUCCGACAGGUCAACUCCGGUUUCCGCAUGGCCUCGCGACAGACGACGGAAACCUCCCCAAAGGACGGCGCGAAGGAUAGUGCCAAGGAGGGGACCAAGGAGGGAGCCAAGGCCGAGGCUGGACCGCAGACACUGGGUGCGCGCUUAAAGAAGCUCACGAAGGAGUAUGGAUGGGUCACGGUCGCGGUUUAUUUUGGACUCAGCGUUCUUGACUUUCCUUUUUGCUUCUUGAUCGUUAAGGUCGUCGGACCCGAGAAGAUUGGCGAGAUUGAACAUCAUGUCAUCGAAUACACCAGCCAUGUCGUACCGGAGCCCGUGAAGACCGCCUUCAACAGCUCCCGCGAGUGGGCAAAGGAAGCAUGGGCGAGCUUCAGAGGACAGGCUGGAGACAGCGCCGGCAAGGGUGACUGGGGCGUGAAGUCGGCGCAAGAUGCGCACCAAGUGCAAGCGAGUCUUGCCACGCAGCUUGCUCUUGCAUAUGCCAUCCAUAAAAGCUUCAUCUUCCUCCGCGUACCCCUCACAGCGGCCGUGACGCCAAAGGUUGUCAAGAUCCUCAGGGGCUGGGGCUGGCAGAUCGGGAAGAAGAAGAGCAAGUCUUAA